UUCAAUUAUUGAUAUAUGUGAAUAAAAAGUCAAAGAUGAAAAGUUAAUACAUGUCAGCCACUUAAAGGAUCCGUUAAUAAAACCUUGAUCACCAUCACACCUAUCUAUCAGCCUCUCCUCCGUCCGCCAUGACCGGCUCCUCCACUUCUUCCCGCAAGGUAUUGAGCAAGGUAGCUAGCAUUCGAAUUCAAAAGGAGUUGGCUGAGUGGCAGCUCGAUCCUCCUCCUGGUUUUCUACACAAAGUCACCGACGAUCUUCAAAGGUGGGUGAUUGAAGUGUAUGGAGCUCAGGGGACACUUUAUGCUAAUGAAAAAUUCCAGCUACAAGUUGAUCUGCCUGAGCAUUAUCCUAUGGAAGCACCUCAGGUUAUAUUUUUGCAUCCAGCUCCUGUACAUCCGCACAUUUAUAGCAAUGGCCAUAUUUGUCUAGAUAUUCUAUACGACUCGUGGACACCAGCCAUGACUAUCGGCUCUGUCUGUAUAAGCAUUCUGUCCAUGCUUUCAAGCUCAACAGUAAAGGAACGCCCCGAAGGUAAUGAUCGCUAUGUUGAAAAAUGUAGAUAUGGUAAAUCUCCCAAGGAAACUAGAUGGCGGUUUCAUGACGAUAAAGUUUAGUGCAAAUUGAAGUGACCCAUGAAGACAUUUGGUUUGACUGUAAAUGUGUUUGUUUCACUCAAGGCAUCUUUAAACCUGCUUUUUCUGGGUUUUGACACUUCUAUUUAUGGUGACUAUCAAAUAUUGCAUCAGUUAUUGAAAAAAAAAUGCAUUAUAUUCGCUA